AUGACUCUCCCUCCUGGUUUAUCUAGAUAUGGUGAAUCUAAGGCUGACCAUUCACUUUAUAUUAAGAAAUUCAAACAUGAAUUUACUGCACUAUUUGUCUAUGUAGAUGAUGUGGUAUUGGCAGGAUUUGAGAUUGCUAAAUCCCCUAAUGGCAGUUUUCUUAAUCAAAGAAAAUAUGCUCUUGAACUCUUUGAAGAUGCAGGUCUCUUGGCAGCAAAACCUUCUGCAGUUCCUUUCAACCCAACCUUGAAAUUGUCAACCGAUGAAGGCAAUUUUUUAGAGGAUCCUUCUGUAUAUAGAAGGUUAAUUGGCAGGUUGAUUUAUCUCACCAACUCCCGCCUUGACAUUGCAUUUGCUGUACAGCAUGUGAGUCAAUAUGUAUCCAAGCCACGCGCUCCUCAUUAUCAGGCUGCCAUUCAAAUCCUCAGGUAUCUCAAAUUUGUCCCAGCCAAAGGCAUUUUCUUCUCCUCCAAUAGCAAAUUACAGCUUUUUGGCUUUGCUGAUUCUGACUGGGCUAGAUGCCCUGAUACCAGGAAAUCAGUCACUGGAUACUCUGUUAUGUUAGGCUCCUCUUUAUUAUGCUGGAAAUCCAAAAAGCAACACACAGUUUCGCGUUCUUCCACUGAGGCCGAGUAUCGUGCGUUACCUUCUAUCACUUAUGAAUUACAAUGGUUACAUUUCUUAUUUCAAGAUUUCCUGGUUCAAUUUGAGCAGCCUGCAUUUAUGUUUUCUGACAGCAAGUAUGCCGUUUAUUUAGCGCAUAAUCCUACGUUUCAUGAACGUAGCAAACACAUUGUAUUGGAUUGUUACGUUAUACGGGAAUAUAUGAAUUCAAAACUUAUUCAUCUUCUUCCUAUUUCUACACAUAACCAGUUAGCAGUUUGGUCAAGUUGGGAGUUUGUACCAUCCACUGCCCAACUUGAGGGGGGGUUGUUAGAUGAUAUUUAG